AUGCCUACAUCAGUUUGUGCCUACAAAGACAGGAGAGUGAUCAUUGAUACUGCAACUGGAAUCAUAGGAAAAGAAGACUCUCGUCUUGUUAAUCCCGAUACCUUAUUUCCUGUUUUUUCUGCAACUAAGGGUGUCACAACAGGAAUGAUGCAUUGGCUAGCCGAUAAAGUGAAACUAAAGUUUGAUGAUAAUGUUGCAAACAUUUGGGCGGAAUUUGGUACAAAUGGAAAAGAUCAGAUAAAUGAAUUCAGGUCUGAGUUUUCCAUGUCUUCUUCUCUCUCACCUGACAUGCUUGCAGACUUUAUUCCCUUAUCCAACACCUUCAAUAUCCGUCGUGCCAUACUACCAGCCAUUAACGGACACUUCUCUGCCCGUGCUUUGGCUCGCUACUACGCCGCCCUCGUGGAUGGUGGUGCAGUCCCUCCCCGCCAUUACUCCACCCCCCCACUGCUCGGAAGCCACCCUCAAAGUGACAAGAUCGAUACGAAAAAUUUUAGCAGCGCAAAAUCAAAAAUUCAUGAUGCGUUCUUGGGAAGAGGAGAUUAUGGACGUUAUUUAAUCCUCCCGAAUAGUAAAAUUGGGCUUGGAUUUUGGAAGGCUAACAUGAUCGAUGGUUCACUGAUUGGGUUUGGUCACGUAGGUGUCGGUGGUUCGACGGGAUACUGUGACGUAAACAAUCGCUUUUCUAUUGCGUUGACCCUAAACAAGCUCUCUUUUGGGCCUUUGGUGGCUGAGAUAAUCAAGUUUGUUUGCUCGGAAUUUGAUCUUCCUUUACCAGAAGAUUAUUCAGGAUCUUCAAAGUUCAUCAAGAAACCGAUGAUCAACUAA